CUUCGUCACAGGCAACUUAACACACAAAGAAACCGAACCACACAACGGCUCGGUUCUUUUGGUUUUGGCUGAGUUUUGGUUGCGCUUCGAUGUCCCUCGUGGCUCCCUUAUCUUGUUCCCUUUCGUGUUUCAUCUAUUACCGACUGCAAUUGCUGAAGUAGAUCCAUAUGAUGGAAGAACAUAAACGACAAUGAAAAAGAUUUGAUCUUUCGGACGACAAUCAAAUUACCAUCCAAUCACAUACGAUUUCCAUCGACAUGGCCGGCGUUUCGGUGGCGGCGGAGUGGCAGCUCCUCUACAACCGAUACUACCGGAAGCCGGAGCUCUACCAGAUGCAGUGGAAGCAAGUGGAUCUCACGCGCAACAAAAUCGCCUGCGCACCAUUCGGCGGCCCCAUCGCCGUCAUCCGAGACGAUGCCAAGAUCGUCCAGCUCUACGCUGAGUCCGCCCUCCGGAAGCUCCGCAUCUUCACCUCCUCCGGUCGCCUCGUCUCGGAGACCGUCUGGAAGAACCCCGGCGGCCGUCUUAUCGGUCUAUCCUGGACGGACGACCUAACCCUAGUCUGCAUCACACAGGAUGGGACCGUCUAUUCGUACAACGUCCACGCCGAGUUGGUUGGCACCUUCUCCCUGGGCAGAGAGUGCUUUGAGAACAGCGUCGUUGAGUGCGUAUUUUGGGGGAACGGCGUGGUUUGUAUUAACGAGGCUUUCGAAAUUUUUGCUGUGCCGGAUUUUAAGAUCCCAAAGACGGUUAAAUUGGCGGAUUGCAAUCUGGAGGAGCUUCCCCAUUGUAUGGCAGUGAUUGAGCCCCAAUACACCAAGUCGGGUGAUGUGGAGGUGCUGCUAGGGGUUGGGGACCACGUGUUACUGGUCGAAGAAGAUGGAGUGCAGCCUCUGGCGGCAGGGAUUGGGCCGUUACAGAGGAUGGUGGUCUCGAGGAAAGGGGAGUUUGUAGCCUCAUUCACGCAUGAUGGGAGGCUUCUGGUCAUGUCUACGGAUUUCGCUGAUGUUAUAAUUGAGUAUGCCUGUGAGUCGGCUCUUCCUCCUGAUCAACUAGCUUGGUGCGGGCUGGACAGUGUCUUACUUUAUUGGGAUGACAUGCUACUCAUGGUGGGCCCUUAUGGUGAUCCUGUACGCUAUAUAUAUGACGAACCAAUUAUCCUUAUCCCAGAAUGUGAUGGGGUGCGAGUACUUUCCAACACUAGCAUGGAGUUCUUACAUCGAGUUCCAGACUCUACUGUAUCUAUAUUUCAGAUUGGUAGUACCUUACCUUCUGCUUUACUAUAUGAUGCCCUGGAGCAUUUUGACAGGCGAAGUGCUAAGGCUGAUGAAAAUUUGAGAUUGAUUCGCUCUUCACUGCCUGAAGCUGUUGAGGCUUGCAUUGAUGCUGCUGGUUAUGAAUUUGACAUUUCACAGCAGCGGACACUUCUGAGAGCUGCAAGCUAUGGACACACCUUUUCUAGGAGAUCAACCAUAAAAUGCGAAGAGCACGUGAAUGUCUGUGCAAAGAUGCUAAUGUUUGGCUUUGGCAGCCAUUUUCACCGUGACAGCCUACAAGAAAUGUGUAAAACACUGCGUGUCCUCAAUGCUGUACGCCAUCCCGAGAUUGGUAUUCCUCUGAGCAUUCAGCAGUAUAAGUUGCUUACUCCCUCUGUUCUGAUAAAUCGUUUGAUUAAUGCACACAAUCACCUCCUGGCCUUGCGGAUAUCGGAAUAUCUUUCUAUGAGCCAAGAAACUGUAUUAAUGCACUGGACUUGUACAAAGAUUUCAGCUUCCGCGGCGGUUCCUGAUGUUAGUCUUCUUGAAAUCUUACUAGACAAGCUGAAGGUAUGCAAAGGAAUAUCCUAUGCAGCCGUUGCUGCUCAUGCUGAUAAAAGUGGCCGUAGAAAGUUAGCUGCUAUGCUAGUUGAACAUGAACCGCGUUCCUCUAAACAGAUUCCCCUCUUGCUAAGCAUUGGAGAAGAAGAUACUGCUCUCAUCAAGGCUACUGAAAGUGGUGAUACCGAUCUCGUUUAUCUCGUUAUGUUUCAUAUGUGGCACAAGAGAGUGCCGUUGGAGUUCUUUGCAACGAUACAGGCCAAGCCUCUUGCACGUGAUUUGUUCAUAACUUAUGCACGAUGUUAUAAGCACGAGUUCUUGAAGGAUUUCUUUCUGUCCUCCGGGCAAAUUCAGGAUGUAGCUUUUCUCUUGUGGAAAGAGUCAUGGGAACUGGCAAAGAAUCCAAUGGCAAGCAAAGGAUCUCCUCUUCAUGGCCCACGCAUAAAACUAAUUGAAAAGGCCCGUAAUCUUUUUGCAGAAACGAAGGAACACAUAUUUGAGUCUAAGGCAGCUGAGGAACAUGCAAAAUUGUUAAGAAUUCAACAUGAACUAGAGGUGACUACAAAGCAGGCUAUUUUUGUGGAUUCAAGUAUCAGCGACACAAUACGCACAUGCAUUGUCCUUGGAAAUCAUCGAGCAGCUAAUAAAGUGAAAACUGAAUUUAAGGUUUCGGAAAAACGGUGGUAUUGGCUUAAAGUUUUUGCACUCGCAACAAUCAGAGACUGGGACGCACUCGAAAAAUUUUCAAAAGAGAAGAGACCACCAAUUGGCUACCGUCCAUUCGUGGAGGCUUGUGUUGAUGCUGGUGAGAAAGAUGAAGCACUAAAAUACAUUCCAAAACUUGCUGAUCCUCGAGAGAGAGCCGAGGCCUUUGCUAAAAUUGGAAUGGCUAAGGAAGCUGCCGAUGCUGCUUCUCAAGCUAAGGAUGGUGAGCUACUGGGGCGCUUGAAGCUAACCUUCGCACAAAAUGCUGCAGCUUCAUCAAUUUUUGAUACUCUGCGAGAUCGUUUAUCCUUCCAAGGUGUGUCUUAGGUCUUGUUUGCACAUCUCAUGAUGGUUUGUAUUUCAGCUAAUGGACUGUUCUUGUGAAUUUACCCUUUUUUUUGUUGUAAAACUGAAUAUUGAGUUUUUCUUGGGUGUUUUUGUUGAUUUUAGCGUCGUCUAGUUAUGCUGUAUGAUUGACUUGGACACCGGCAUGCACGAGUAUAGGGUGUAUUUAACUACAUGCAUAUUGUAACCAUGCAUUGUGGAAAACGAGUUUAUCGAGGAUAAAAAUACUGGUUUUGAAAGACGGUUUCAUCGUUGAUCUAGUUGAAGUUGCUGUCAUUUUGCACUAUGAUGCGCUGGAUUUCGGUUCCUAAAUUUAAAAAUUGAGCCCAAAUUUUGUGUUGUGAUUGAAAAUGCAAUUGUAAUCAGCAUGUGUUCUUGUGGU